AUGGCGGACAAGCAGUCACUAGAAGAGGAUCAUAGACUAUUAGCAGACAUGGACAAAACGGAUGCCAUAGGCGGGAAAGCAAACAUCAACAGUGUACAAGAUAGUCCAUUAAGUCCAAAAGGUGUAAUGGAUGAUGGGGAACUACCAGGUGAUAAUUUACUGGAAUAUGAUGUAAAUGAGGCAACUAAAGAGAAAAUAGUCAGGGACGAUACAAUCAGUGAAGUUUGUGUAAUGGAUGAUGGGGAACUACCAGGUGAUAAUUUACUGGAAUAUGAUGUAAAUGAGGCAACUAAAGAGAAAAUAGUCAGGGACGAUACAAUCAGUGAAGUUUGUAGGCCAGGAAAUAUAGAACGUCUACCAGGCAUUGGACAGGGAACCUUGGAAAAAGCCCUGGGAAAGCCAGAAACACCACCAAAUGGACUACCUGAAUCACCAACCAAACAACCAAACAGAAGGUUUGGCUCUGAGUUCCAGCCUCCUACUACACAAUUUGGUAACACUUCCAGUCAGAAAACUAGGAGGAGUAUUAGUGAAGAGAAAUGUGACGAGUAUACAAGGUCGGUGCAAGAUAUAUUUGAAGCUCUACCACUCCUUCCAGAUGCUGAUCCACUAAUUAUAAAAGUGGACAAAUGUGAUUUUGAGAAUCUGCCACUAAUUGUUGGAGGGGAGGACACUGAUGUUGGAGAGUUUCCUCACAUGGCCGCUAUUGGUUAUCAAGUUGAUGGUAAUCUGGAAUGGAACUGUGGGGGAUCAUUAAUCAGUGAAUAUUAUGUCCUUACUGCUGCACACUGUUCUUUAACAAAUUACAGGUAUCCUGCAGUGAUAGUUCGUCUUGGUGAGAUGAAUCUGAAACGUGAUGAUGAUGGAGCACAUCCUGUGGAUUAUCACAUUGCAGAUUUAGUGCGCCAUCCUGAAUACAAAGGACCAAGCAAAUACAAUGAUAUUGCUCUGUUACGUCUUAGUGAGCGUGUGGAUUUCAACAAGUUUAUACGACCUGCUUGUCUCUACACACAUGAUAAAUUCUCUGUCAGCAAGACAGUUGCUACUGGUUGGGGUAAAAUUGAAUAUGCUGGAAAAACAAGUGACACUUUGCGGAAAGUUGUUCUUGAUAUAAUAGAUAAUGAAAUGUGCAAUAACUUAUGGAAAAGUCUUCGCAAGCUCACAAGUCUGCCUCGUGGAAUUGCACCAUCAAUGAUGUGUGCUGGGGUCCUUACAGGUGGCAAAGACACUUGUCAGGGUGAUUCUGGUGGACCAAUUCAGAUAUCUACCAAAGGAAAUCAAUGUGUAUAUCAUGUUAUUGGAGUGACAUCAUUUGGGAGUUACUGUGCUGGAGAAGAUUCACCAGGAAUAUAUACACGUCUCUCUUCUUUUAUUCCAUGGAUUGAGAGCAUUGUGUGGCCAGAUGGUUAG